UGGUGUUCAGGUGCUUGGAAGAGUUCUUGUUUAAUCAUGUCUUCUUUUUCUCUCGGCAGAUUCUCACAAGCACCUUGGCCUGAUCAUGCUUGUCACGAUGCUGGUGACCUUCAUUCUGACGUUCCUCUUCUUCCUGAUCGUCCGCAGGAUAUGGAAGAUAUUCACAGCUCCACUUUGGAGAAGAACCAUCCUGCUUGUCUAUUCACCGGAUUCCUUGGAGUAUAAGACUCUCAUCUGUGCCUUUGCUGACUUCCUGCAAAGCAUCCUGGGCUGCGAGGUCAUCUUGGACAUGUGGGAUAUGAACAAUAUCAGCAAAAUUGGGAUGUUACCUUGGUUUUAUCAAAAGAGGGAGCUUGUAAGUCAAAGGAAAGGCAGAGUGAUGAUUUUGUGGACCACACGGACUCAGACUAUGUACCAGCAGUGGAGGAACAGUCAGCUGAACAGCUUUGUGUGGAAAGACCCAGCCAACCUGUUUGGGGCCGCAAUGUCCUGCCUAAAUAAAGAUCUGUUAGCAGAGCAGGAAAGUGCAAAACUGAAGGAGUAUGCCAUAGUCUACUUUGAAGGCCUUUGUGAAAAGAAAGACAUUCCUAAAUCCCUGAGGAAGAUUUCAAGGUAUCGCCUUUUUAAGGACCUCUACAGGCUGGUCAGCAGACUGCAGGACACUACUUGCCUAUCUCCGCCGUGCCUGAUCAAGGCAGUUGCCAAAUACCUCAUGAAAAAGCUAAUACGCUCAGAAAAGAGCCAGGGCCUUCAGUACAACGUUGAAAUUUGCAAGCAAAGACUUUAUGAAGAGAUGGCUGCUGAGAAGAACAAGAUGGAGUCAACAGCUCUUUAAGCCUUCU